AUGGCGGAUGAAAAAAAGGGCGAAAGCGAGCACAUCAACUUGAAAGUAUUAGGACAGGAUAAUGCUAUUGUCCAGUUCAAAAUAAAGAAACACACACCUCUAAGAAAGUUGAUGAAUGCGUACUGUGAUCGAGCGGGUCUGUCUAUGCAAGUUGUUAGAUUCAGAUUUGACGGUCAGCCUAUCAAUGAAAACGACACACCGACAUCACUCGAAAUGGAAGAAGGUGACACAAUAGAAGUUUACCAGCAGCAGACAGGAGGCGUUCUAGUGUAA